AUGAAAUUAUCUAUGGCAUUGAAUAUGGCCUCUAGAACUUAUAAAGAUGCAGUUGCGUCUUUGAACUCGCUCCAAUCCAACUAUGCCAAUAUCAUGGCGAUCAGGGCUUCUGGCGAGCGCAAGAAUCAAAUGAACAUCUGGGAAAUGCAGGAAUGGUCACGACGGGUUGGAUACUCGGUAUCUGACUAUAGCAAGCUCAACAUCAUCCAUAUCACUGGUACUAAAGGUAAGGGGUCUACUGCCGCUUUUGCGCAAUCAAUUUUGCAGCAGUAUGGGUCUCAAAUUCGCAAAGUUGGAUUGUACACUUCGCCGCAUUUGAAAUCGGUGAGAGAACGUAUUCGCGUUGAUGGAGCUCCCAUCUCGGAAGAGAAAUUCACCAAGUAUUUCUUUGAAGUUUGGGACCGUUUGGAGGCCACGCGGUCCCCUGAAGAUAAGUUUCCUCACAUGGUUCCGGGAAGCAAGCCAGGUUACUUCAAAUAUUUGACUUUACUCUCUUUCCAUGUUUUCAUGCAAGAAGGAUGCGAUUCCUGCAUUUACGAAGUUGGUGUUGGCGGGGAAUAUGAUAGCACCAACAUCAUCGAGAAACCUACUGCGUGUGGCGUGUCCUUGCUCGGGAUCGAUCACACGUUUAUGCUUGGUGAUACCAUCACAGAAAUCGCGUGGAACAAAGGUGGGAUCUUCAAGACAGGCACAAAAGCCUUUUCUAUUACCGGUCAGCCUUCUGACGGCCUACGCAUGCUACAGGAGCGUGCCGAGGAAAAGAAAACUUCACUUUCCGUAGUUCCAAUUUUCAACGAGUUAAAAAACGUGAAACUUGGAAUUGCGGGAGAUUUCCAGAUUAAAAACGCUUCUUUGAGUGUAGCGUUGGCUCACGAGCAUUUGUCACGCCUCAAUAUUUUACAAGAGCCCCUUGAAUUGAGUGAGGACGCCAAGUUGCCACAAAAGUUCAUUGAAGGGCUUCAAAAUACGGAAUGGAGUGGUCGCUGUCAAACGGUGAAAGAUGGACAAAUCACCUGGUACAUUGAUGGAGCUCACACUAAAGAAAGCAUCGAAGCGGCUUCUGGCUGGUUUAAGUCUGUCGCUGUCAACUCGGCAUCUAAGAAAAUUCUAUUGUUCAAUCAGCAAACACGCAACGCUGGUGCUUUAAUAAAAUAUCUACACGAGACUCUUUACCCAGAGUUAAAGCUGUCCCGGGUAAUUUUUUCAACUAACGUUACAUGGAAGUCCGGCGACUACAGUGCCGAUCUUGUUUCCAUGAACACGUCCAAGGAUCAAGUCGACAAGUUAGAGGUUCAAACCGCGUUGCGCGACGUCUGGCAAGGGCUGGAGCCUAAUUCUGACAUCAACGUUACAUCCAGUAUAGAGGCCGCUCGGGAGAUCAUUAAGAAUGAAAAAGAGCCCGUCGACGUCUUCGUCACUGGAUCUCUACAUCUAGUUGGCGGAUUGCUGGUGGUUUUCGACGGCACGCACUGA